AUUUUUUGUAGGCAAUCAAGGUAGACAUGGCGUGUGCAGUUAUUGACCCAAGAAUGAUGGAUCUGGUGUGGACAGAUAGACUUGAGUAUGAAGCACUUCUACACAAGAGACCAAGCUGUACCCAAGCUGAACCAAGUAGUGCUCCCUCUGCUCCAAGUAGUGCCCCAAGUACCAAUGAAGCUGUUACUGCUCCCAAGAAAUCAUCCAAGGAGAGCUCCGUCAAGGCAGAUGGCAAAAGUUUGCUGGCUGAUUUGGAAGCUGCUAGAGGAUUUAUUCGAGCGUCUCUUGAGCAAAAUACCCCAAAGACAACACUUGAAACUCUCCAAGAUAGGGCUACCCGCCUUGAGACUAGCAAUUCUUCAUUAAGAAAGCUGGUUGAAGAUCUUACCAAACAAAUAGAAAAACUUGAAGCCAAGGCCAAAUCUGGAAUCGUAGCACCUGCUGCUGCCCCACCUGCUACUGCAUCUGCUUCCAAACCUACUGCUAAAAAAGAAGAGAGUGAUGAUGACGACUUUGAUUUUGGCGACAGUGAUGACGAGGAAACCAAAGGAGAAUCUGAGAUGCAGAAGAUGAAGCGCCUGGCUGCUGAGAAAAAGGUUGCCGAUGCAGCUGCCAAGAAAGAUGCCAAACCUGCAAGAGUUCUUAAAUCCAAUGUAGUUCUGGAUAUCAAGCCUUGGGAUGACGAAACGGAUCUUGGAGAAAUGGAAAAGCAAGUCAGAUCUAUUGCAAUGCAGGGGCUCGUUUGGGGAGAUUGCAAGCAUGUUGAGAUCGGUUUCGGCAUCAAGAAGCUGAGAAUGAGUACCUGCAUCGUUGAUGAGGAUGUUGGUUUGUAUGACCUCGAAGAGAAAAUCGAAGAGCUCGAAGAUUUCGUCCAAUCUGUCGACAUUGUUUCUCAUAACAAGAUCUAAUCUAUUUAACAUCGUUUGAAAGUCUUUUACAAUUUACACUGUACAUAAACAAUAAACAUGUAAUAUUGUCAAAAAUUAAAGUGUUUGCAAAUUCCAUUUACAGGUUUGUUUCACUUUAGCUGGCUUCCAUCAAUUAUUCCCGUGAUUGCUGUAAUUUAGAACCCCUCGAAAACUAAUAUAGUCAUAGAUAACCUAAAAUGAUCAUCAGCCAAAUUUUAGCACAUAAAAGUAUGAAUGAGUAAUGAUUAUGAUAUUUUGCUGACCAAUUAUUAAAUUGAGGACUGAAACUGAAAUCCAGCUUUUUAUGUUGAAGAUCAUAUCUGAUUAAUCCCUCUUUUUUUAGCAUCAUGCAGCUUUUUGGAGGACUUGAAGGUCGUGUAGAGAAGUUGGAGGCUGAGAACGCACACCUCUUCAAUGUCACCAAUAUCCUUGCUAAACGUCUGGCUGAGCUCGAGAAAUGUCUCGACGGUCAGACUGUUACAGCUGCAGUUCCUGUAGUUGAUAGCAAACCUGCUGCUAAACCUGCUGCCAAGCCUGCCAAGAAAGACGACAGUGAUGAUGACGAUUUUGGUUUUGGCAGUGAUAGUGAAGAAGAUACCCCCAAAGGAGAAUCUGAGAUGCAGAAGAUGAAGCGAUUGGCUGCCGAGAAAAAGGUUGCCGAUGCAGCUGCCAAGAAAGAUGCCAAACCUGCAAGAGUUCUUAAAUCCAAUGUAGUUCUGGAUAUCAAGCCUUGGGAUGACGAAACGGAUCUUGGAGAAAUGGAAAAGCAAGUCAGAUCUAUUGCAAUGCAGGGGCUCGUUUGGGGAGAUUGCAAGCAUGUUGAGAUCGGUUUCGGUAUCAAGAAGCUGAGAAUGAGUACCUGCAUCGUUGAUGAGGAUGUUGGUUUGUAUGACCUCGAAGAGAAAAUCGAAGAGCUCGAAGAUUUCGUCCAAUCUGUCGACAUCGUUUCUCAUAACAAGAUCUAAAUCUGUGUUGAAAGAGAGUUUUAUUGAUGCUCAUUCAAAUUUUUAUUUAUUUCUUUGGAACUUUUAAGAUAAA